AUGGCUUCAGAUCAGCUCAGCAUGGAUUCACGAGAGCAAAGAAGGCCCAUGUUGGGUGCUGCUUGUAAGUGGCAGGCCCACCGGUGUCUGCGAAAAAAGCUGAGGCCAGUACGAAUCUUGGGGUUCAUCUUCAGCCUGGUGGUCUUAAGUGCCGUCUCCCUCAGUGCCUUGACCUGGAGCUCAGGGGGUCAAAGCGAGGAGAGUCGCCAAGAGUCUGUUCCACACAGGACUCUGCUUUUCACCCAACCUCAGACAGACCCCAAUGCAUCAGCCGACAUGCCCAUAGCCAUGAAAUCUACAGCAAAUAGCAACGAGAGCAAGGGGGAGUACCCACGAGACCUUUUCACACGUGCGGAGAGGCGCAAAGGAGCGGUGGUCCUCCACAUGUUUGGCAUGAUCUACAUGUUCAUUGCCUUAGCCAUAGUGUGUGACGAGUUCUUCGUCCCAGCUCUUACCGUCAUCACAGAGAAGCUGACAAUUUCAGACGAUGUAGCUGGAGCCACCUUCAUGGCGGCAGGUGGUUCAGCCCCCGAACUUUUCACCUCCAUUAUUGGCGUCUUCAUCUCGCACAGCAAUGUGGGCAUUGGAACCAUCGUCGGCUCCGCCGUCUUCAACAUCCUCUUUGUGAUUGGGAUGUGCGCCAUCUUCUCCAAGGAGAUCCUCAACCUGACGUGGUGGCCACUCUUCCGCGACGUCUCCUUCUAUAUCCUGGAUCUGAUCAUGCUUAUCAUUUUCUUCCUGGAUAACUUCAUCUCCAUGUGGGAAAGUAUCACGCUGCUCUCAGGCUACGCUGCCUACGUGAUCUUCAUGAAGUUCAACAGCAAAGUGGAGGGCUUUGUCAAAGAUUGCAUGAACAAGAACCAAGUGGUAGAAGUUGAAGUGCAGCCCAAGGUGAGUUGGGUUCUUGAUUUGUAUCAAAAUUCCUCACAGUCUCUUCUUCUGGUAUUAAAAUGUUAAAUGAGUUGUCAGUCUAUGAGCAAGUUCCAGUAGAUCUGCAGUAAUUAGCUUCUGGCUCUGGCAUUGCAGCACAACCAUCCUUUCUUGCAUUACAUGCAGCUGAUUUUGAAUAAAGUCAGGCUUACCUUGACUUUAUUUUCAAUGGAGCAGAAAAUGAAACCAUGUUGUUUCAUGGUUUUUAUUUAAUGCAUCUCUUUGGUUCCCAUCAACCAUUUCUAAGUCAGACUAAUGACCCACAGAUGUCCAAAACGCCAAACAAACAUUUCUUGAGACUUCCAUACAUCAUUAAUAAUUCAUUGAAAAUGAUGAACCUCAACUUAGAGUUCUUUAAAUAAACAUAGUGACCAUUUUCUAUUCAUGUGGCUCAAGAGAUAGGCCUACUGCACACUGCUGGCCCUACAGUAUUCCACAGUGGGAUUAAUAAAAGAGUCAAAUGUGUAAUUCUGGGUUAAGCUCCACAAAUUGUGGCUCGGUCUGGCAAACAAAUCCCCGGAAGAUCUCAGGAGCUAUUUUUUCCUCCGUAAAAGAUUUCCCACAAAAUGCUGUAUUAAAAUUGUUUUCGAACUAUGCGAACCUCUCGUAGCCUGAUGAGGUCAGUAUCUCACAUGAGUUGAUGUCAGGACUGCCGCCAUAGUCUACUUUGUUUGAGCCUGACUCCAUAUUUGCUCUCUGAGAUAGUGAGUCAUGUGUGGUCGUUCAAUGCAGUAUUUCGCGUAUCACUUAUUAGCUCAAUCAGCUGGACUUCGAAACAGUUGAAAUAAGUGUACUGGCUCUCACAGCAUACCUCCCCCUCAAUGACACUUGAGGGCAAAAGACACUGCAGUGCAAUUUGAUACCAGUGUAGAGAUUAUCCGGACGGAUUUAGAUUUCUUUGUAACAUGAAAUGGAAAUGAAAUUUUGAGAAAGUUGCAUUGUAGAGCUAUUAUCAAAUAGGGAUUUGUUGUAAGAACAUACAGGUUCUAUAAACUACCGGUUACCUACUGCUGAGGGGAAACAUUUAUGGAAAUCAACAUCCCCUUUUUAUAUGCAGUUUGUUGACCUAACAUGUAAAUAAGAGACUAAUACCCUGUCUUUGUCUGACAAGCACGUACUACAACCCUUCAAUAUUGUGGGUUCAAUUUCUAGCACACUUCUUUUAUUUUGAAAGGACAGUGUAUGAAAAGACAGAAAUGAGGUGGGCAGGCUGAGUAUUGAGGAAGACUUAGGUGACCUUGAGCUGCAGUGCAUUCUGGGUACUUUGGCUUAAAGAACCUUUGUGUGUUUGUGUGUGUUGGGGAAAAAAGGAGCUUUCAAUAAAGGGAAAAACAGAUGAGUAAUCAAACCCCACUAUCAUGUCUUAUCUCCUGCUAUGCCGGCAGCAGAUUUAGCUUCUCCUCUCUCUUUCACUCCACUCCCUGCUUUGAAAAACUUCAAUUUAACAAACUAAAGAUGCAAAAAAACAGGAGUUUAAAGUUGACAUUUUUCUAAAUAUAGUGGCAUCAGUUUUCUGUGGGUCUACAGGGUUAAUCAAACUAGAAAGGCACAAAUAUUAUUAGAAUAUAGUCAUCCAAACAGCAGUUUUAAUCAAGCGAAGACACUUUGGGGACGUGUGUAUUUCGAGACUUGUGUUAUUUUGAGAUUUAAUUGGCAAUUUAGCAGGCCUGUGUGUGUAUGUGAGUGUGUGUAGAUUCAAACAUGAGUAAUGGAGAGCAAAAUGGCAGGGCAAGGACAUGGAUGAGGGAGUUAACUCAUAAAGGUGUCCUGCGAAAUAUGAUGGAAGGUCCUAUUGUUUUUUUUGUUUUUUUCAUCUUUGUAUUUUUAGCUGACUUUGACCACUUUGAACUGCUAACUUUUUAAUCAUUUCUCUGUCAUAACUGAGCUCGAAUGUGACCUAAAUCUUCUAUACGUCCCCGCCCAGGUGUAAAGGAUUGCACUGUCAGGACUACAGGGUGUCAUUCAAUGCUACGCCCUUGAACGCCGCACUUGAUUAAAAUGGGCUUCCCUGAGAUGAUUCCAUGCAUUAUGAUAUUGGGAUGUUCCUUUUGGGUGUGACAUGCUGGCAUCAACAGAAACACGAGCAGUCAGCGGGGAAAAAGGAGCAGUGUUGUGGUGUCACAUUAAUGAUAAGAGUGUGUAGGAUGCUUGCUAGGUAAUUGGCGUUCAGCCAUUAACAAUGCAUGCUAUAAAUACUAUAAAUUCAGUUCUUUGAGUAGCAUGGGCAGCAGUUUGAUGUUCUGCAUUUAGAAGACAUCAGUCAGUUUUGCACUGUCUGCAGCCACGUCCUUUUAUCUCCUUACAUAAUGGCUUGUACUGCCUUUUCUCUUUUUUAUCAACACCAAAAGUUUCUUUGUGUAACUUGUUUAUUCUGCUUCUGGGAACGUAAAAAUAGAUUGCUUUGUCUCCCUUAUUUUCUCAAAAAUAAUGCCGAAGCUUCCAGGCAGAGGGUUUAAUGGUGAAUCAGGGCUCGCUGUUUUAUCAUUUCGCAGAUCAGAGGUGUCAUUUUUUUUUUUUAGCCCGGAGAUGAGGUGUACUAUCAUCAAUUUGUCACCAACAGAACUGUCACAUCUCAGCGUGGAUGUGAGGUCAAUUUAAAGCCAUUGUGUAAAAGCUGUUCAAUAGUAACCCUCCUCCUAUAUGAUCUCUCACUCCAGUUAACACAGACAUAAAUGCUCGUCAGUGCUUUACUCGGCAGGAAUGGUGGAUACCGAAAAAGAGAAAAGAGCUUUGUGCUUUCAAAACACCAGUAUCUCGACAGGUAGGUCGAGGGGUGUUCAAUAUUUAAUAGUUAAGAUGGUCUUUGCUAUUGGAAGGUUUUAUAAGCUUUUGAAAAGCUCUGUUGAGCUGGUGCACCUCCAGUUUUAUGAAAUUUUUACUUAGACUGUUUGUGUUUGCUAAAUGUAUCUUGACACAAAACCUCAGAUCUCUAUGGAAAAUUAGCAAAGAUCACGCUAAGUACCAUGAGUAAGGCCAAGAGUGAUGUAGUGUUAAGUGAUACAUCCAGAUGUUAAAACAUCAACAUAUUAUCACCAUUUAAGGAAAUUUGUUAAUUGAGUCGACUUCUCGUUCUUGAAAAGUCAUGCUAGCCAGCUAAACAAACAUCAACAUCAAAUUGAAAUCUGAUGGGAAAAUACAGGGACCUUUACCCGAUAUCCUUAAUGUCUUUAAUGCAUUGUCUGUGUGCUUUGGGCUUUAUUUGCUGUCUAAUACCUUUAUUAAUCUAUAACAUAUUUAGCUUUCAGUGUUGAAGUACCUUUUUUUUAUUACUGCCUUCAGUGCUCUUGUAACAAAUACUCCCAUUGCAAUAAUUUAUUGUGAAGUUGUGAGGCGAUUGUUAGUUUGUUUUGUUUUGUAUUUGCAGUUUACUGAAUGUAGUAUCCUGCUGGUAUCCUGUCUCAUCUGUCAAGUGACUCCUCCUCAGUAUUCAUGUCAGGGGUUGACAACAUGUCAAGUCGCCUUGGCCCUGUGAGCGACAGGAGUUCACAGGCCAACGAUGGCUUCGUUUUACCGUGUUGCUGUCCUUAAUUGUUGCACGUUCUUCCCUCCCUAAGCUCCUUAGUCUGGUGGCGCGGUCAGUGACUUAUCUGGGCAGAGUCAACUCAGACUGAUGUGCAAAGGUCUGACUGCUGAACAUUAGGUCACAAUGUGUGUAUGAAAGGGGCAAAAGAGGUCACAAAUAAGUCUUUUCCGCAGCUAUACAAGCUGGAAACAUGGUAGAGAUCAGGGCUGUAUUUUGAUGCCUCACAGGGCACCAUUUGAGGAUGAAUAUUACAGGAGUUAGUUCUUUUGCUUUGCUAUUUCUGACUUCAAAAGCAACACGUGUGCAUACUCCAGUUGGCUUUGCAUGCUGAUGGUGUCCCACUGAAGCAAUCACUGGUCCAACCCUUUUCUUUUGCUUUCUGUGUGCAAAAAAACCAGAACACUAAAUCAAGCCAAUCAAUGCUGGCAUCUCAACAGGGACUGCAGAAAAAUAGCAUUUUUCCAUCCCAGUUUGUAGGACUGUGUUUUUAUAGCUCUAGCACUCUACCCUCCCAACCUUGUUUUAAUUAUGUCUUUCUACAAGCAACAAGGCGGCACACAUUCAGAUGUAUUCAAAGGAGCUUUGAGGAAUUGCUUUGUCAGUACAUGUCAUUAGUAAAGCCUGUCAUCAUAUGCACAACCCCCCCCCCCCCAGGACCACCUCACCAGACCGACCCCAGCUUAUCGUGUUAUCUUGUGGCCUCUCUCAUUGUUUGGCUGAUGGACUGACUGCCUGCUUUUGAAAAAACCGGCUCAGGCCGAUCAGAUUAGCCAGCACUUUGUGUUCUAUGGUUUUAUGAGAGACAGAGGGGUGACAAGCCCCCCUGACCACUUGUUAUGAUCAUAGUGACACACUAGAGGUCAGAGUCUGUCAGUAAUGAUGAUCAAGUCAGAGGAUCACAGCCACAACCAAAAACAGCAGAUUUUUUCAAAUCUAAUGUGACAAUGAGAAAUAUUAGUAAAGCUGAAUUACUGUAAAUCAAGAAUAUCAGAUCAAGGAUACUGGGUAUAAGACAUAAUCUGAUUUUAGGGGACUUCCAGAGAGAAUAAAAAUGUGUUAACUGUGUUCCUGCAUGAAGUAUGAGACCUUGUCCACGUGUAGGCAGGUAUUUUUGAAAAUGUACAGUUCUGUGUGUUUUGACCUUUUGUACACACACAGAGUUUUCAGCCACUGAAAAGAGAAGUUUAAAAAAAACGCCUCCCAAGGUGAAGAUGUAUUUAAACCUCUGCUCCCUGUACGCUGGUGUAGAAAACAAAAACAAAGACGUUGCGACCUCAACUUGCCCGUGGCUGUUGUUGCUUUUAUAUAUUGCACAUGCGCUUAGCUGGCGGGCUACCAGCCAUCAUUGGCUCGCUACUCAGUUCAAAUGCAGCUUUCCUCACUGCUGUAUCACCGUGUGAAGGACGAUAAAUAUAUCACACUCAAUAGUUUUUAAGGAGCUGUGUCCACUCAGGUGGUUUUCACUCUUGUAGUGCUUUUGGCCUCAGUGCUAGAAACCCUUAAAAAAAAGAUGCUGCCAGCUCUCAACUUGGCGUAAUUUUUCAAUUAUACAAAGUACAGUCGAGAUUUAACUUCAAUCUGAUUUGAGUGGAUGUAACACUGAUAUCAUUUGUGUAUUUGUUUUCAAGCUUAACAUGCAGAUGCUUUUAAUCCAUACAAGUGUUUUAUCAGCAGCAUAGUAACAGAUACAUGAUUACUGAGUAAAUCAUGGUUACUAAAUAUAGUCUCAUAUAUUUAUUGAAAUGAAUUGGGUCAGCAGACCUGAGUUGGAGAGAGACGCCUACUAUCGUCAUUGUUGGAUUAGCCAGUGAGUAUUGAGGCAGAUGUUGCUUCUACUGAAAUGAAAGGUGCGACCUCUGAUGUAUCACCAAGCUAAAAAUAGCGUCGCAGAGGCAAGAUCUUCCAUCAGGAUGCACUUUAAAGAUCAGUUACAAGGCAGGGGGGCAGACCUGCUUGUGUGUCCUGCCUGUGAAUUUUGACAUUUGGUCACAAGUUUGCUCCAUUUUAUGUCCUAACACACAUACACGUAAUGUAACACACUGCUCCUUUUUUAUUUUUAUCCACUCCAAUUCCACUAAACUCCCACUUCAUACACUUGAAACCCAGGCCACACUGCAUCAUCUCCCUCGCUGACUGUUUAUUUUAGUCCUAUAUGACGUGUUCAUGGGAUUAUCCCCCAUUAUGACGGGUGUCAACCUAAUUUUCAGCAGAAUCCAAAUGUGCUCUGCUGAACUCCCACCAGAUUAUCAACUGCCUCUGUUAUAGAUUGUUUCUUUUCGGGGGUUGAAUGGAUUUUUACUGUGAUAAAAACAAGUCAGGCUAAUUUCUUGGAAACCGUGUUAAAAUGUCUAUUUCAAUCACAUUAAAAGUGCUUUGUUCAACACCCAGAGGCGCUAACAUUCCUGGAAACUGCAGGCAUGUGAAGGUUGUAAGCCAUAAUAGGACUUUUGGAUUUCUUUUUCGAUGUAUUAAUUAAAUGAUCCGUGCAUUUGUCCUUGGCCCUAUAUUGUGGAUUUCUGUGAAAGCAGUGAGAGCCUUCAUGUUUUUAUCCUUCGAAAAGAAAGUAGUAAAAAGGGCCUUGGUUCCACUGAAAUGAAGAGGAGGUAGAGAGGUCUGUCAUGUUCGUAGGCUCAAGGUAACACAGGGAUAGGUAGGAAUAACAUAAAUAGUAAAAACACCUUUAGGAGCAAAUUUUAUGAGGGAAAAACAGACGCAAAGCAAAGGUUAAAAAAAAGGCUAAGUUUGCUUUGUUUACAUGUUCAUUCCUGUAGUUUUAAGGUUAUAAAUGGACAUGCUGCAUACACCUCUGCAAAAACAAAGAAUAGAAUAGAUCUUGUACAGAGGGAGACGAAAGUGUGAUGGCAUAUGUAGCAGCAGUAGAGCCAAUAAUUUAAAAAUAGAAAGACUGCCACUUUGAUCUCACCAUGGUGAUGAGGAGUCCAAGUUCUAUCAUGUGUUCCAGCUGUGGCUCCUUGUCGAAUGAGGGGUGUUUCUGUUCCGACGGUAAUUGGGUAUUGUAUGUUUUGCCUUGUGUCAAUAUAGAUAAAAGAAGUGUUGAGAGUGAAGUAACCGGCCAAUCAAAACACAGUGUCAGCCUUUUGGGAGGUGGAGGCGUGGGCUUUUGAGCCAGAUGUCUUUUUUUUUUUUUUUUUUCACUGUCUCUCUUUUCAGUUUUUCUUCAAUACUUCAUGAGCCGUCUGGGCUCUUUCAUUGUUUCCUUGCUUUUGUCUAGAGAACAUUUAAUUGUAUUCAGUGGUAAUAGUUGUAAUGUGUUAUUUGUGUAGUUCUAAUUUGCAUUUAGGUGCUGAUUGUGGCUCUUGAUGUCGUCCUCUGUUGGUUAUUGCACUAUUUGGCUUCCUCCUCAGUUCUUAUCAGGGUACACAGCGGCUCUUUAAUGCUGUUGUUAUUACAUUGCACAGUAUGUGCUUUUAUGAAAAAAAAAACACAAUGACGGCUGCUUAAAAAUGAAGUUAAACAAUGAAGCUGAUUAAUUUUGUCAUUACACAUGCAGAGUGGAGUGCAUCUGACUGCAUGAGAGAUGUUUACACAACAGAAAGAAGAAGCUCUGAGACUAUUGUCUUUGGGUGUUUGUCUUUUUCAUCAGUUCACACAUAGUUUCUUUAAAACUUGCCACUAAAAUAACCAUAAUCAUUAGAUUUGAAUGUAGAUGGACUAAUAGAGUUGAAGGUAAUCAUUUUUUUAAAUUUGAUUUUAUUUUAACCCCAAUUUUUUCCCUGUAUUUUUGUCUGUCACAGUCAUUUUAAAUGGCUUGACAGGAAUCCAAAAGUCUAGUUUUUUAAUAUCAUUAUUAAAUUGUUGUAUUUUGUCAACUGCAAACAAAAUUAAAUAAAUUAAAUAUGGAUUAAUGAACACAUAGAUAAACAACAGUGUGAAAUUGGCAUAUAUUGGCCGUCGGUUGACCUUCUCUCUUAUCGGUAUGAGCAUCGGCAGUAGAAAAACUGAUAUCUGUUGGCUGUCACUUUUACUAAAUCAGAUUUUCCGUUUUACUGCUCUGAUUUUAUUAGCAGUGCUUGCUCUCUCACUUGAUCUCUUUGUAACUCGACCACCACCACUCUCUCUCUCUCUCUCUCCAGUUCUCACAGCAACUUGAGGUUAAACUUAUAACUGUAUCUAUGCUAUUACUAGGAAUUAUGAGGUAAAUUCCUCUCUGACUCAUCUGUGCACAGAUGUCCAGUUACUAUGCAUUUAGUGUAUGUGACGUCACAGUAGGCGGAGUCACUGGAGUCAUAUCUGUUGAUUAAGAAAGUGUAGCAUGAAUCAUUGAAAGCACUGAGUGGAAACUUCAGCUUAUCACCAAAGAUAGUUGGCGAUAGGACAAUAAUGUCUCAUUAAGAGUGGCAUGACUGGAUAAUGCAGUUAGGGUAAGAGACAUUAAUGUUGUCCGUUAUUAGGGUAGGGUUUUGUUGUCAGUGUGCUGUUUUUUUAGACUAUUUUUAUCAGUGUGUACUUCAUUCAGAACUCUUAGUGUGUUGUGUCCUGAUUUUAAACAUUUUUUAUAAGAGCUGGGAUUUUCAACCACAACAUGUGAUCACACAUCUUUUCAGAUAAAUCCGGUCUUGGUUUGAUGUACAUUUGUGAAUUUGUAUACCUCAUAUGGGUGCCUCUGUUAGUGCAACAAUAUAGCUUUAUUGUGGGAACUGAAAUUGAUGCAAAAAUACUUUCUUUUGAAUGUCACAGCCCUAUUAAUAAGUGGAUAAAUUACAUUAAAAUGUUAGUUGUAGCCCACUGUGAGUCUUUAAAGUACUUCUACAUAUCCCAAACAAAGCUCAUUGUUUUUCUAGUUGUACAUUUAAAUUGAGCAUUUGUUUCAUUGGUUUUAACUCUGAGGGAAUCUCGUGGAAUCAUUCAUCUAAUUUCAGCAAUGGGAACUACUGGACUGUUAAAAGCGGCUAUAUUUGGAGAAAGCUUUAACAUUAAUGUUUAAUGAGUUCUUAUUUCCAUGCAACAGUCACAGCUCAGAUACCUUUAGACCUGAAAUAAACUCCCAUCUUCAUCUAAGGCCAUUUCGGUUUUAUGUGGACUGUCUGGCAGUUUUAGUUUUACAUGUUAGCAGGAAAAAAGGGUUUCAGUGUUGUAUUUUUAAUAUUAACUGUAUUUACAUAUUUCAAGGUGAAGAAAGUCAAUGCAUAAGUCCAGAUGAAGCAACAUCAGCCCCCACUGCAAAGCAAUUCUGGAAAACUUGAAAUAAGAGAUUGCUGUUGUGUUUUUUUUUUUUUUUUUUUCCUCUUCUGUGAGAGAGCCUGAAGGUGAAACAUUGAGGCUUGCAAGAAACAGAGCGCCACAUCGAUCAGGGGCUAUUUUUGAAAGCAGGGGGGUCGAAUUAGCUAAUGUAGCUGCACUGUAAAAGCAUCAUGUGAAGGGCACCAAGAUCCCUAUCUCGUGGGCGUAUGAAAUCACACACACCCACACCCACACACACACACAUACACACAAAACCCAGGGAGAUGGAGACGGCACAUAUGGUCUAAGGUGCGCAAGGACUGGUGGGCCUUACACGCUUAACUCCUUCCUCAGGGGGAUUUUUCUGACCCUCAACAUCAGCCACGCUAAGCUCCAGCAGCUGAACAUUACAUCAGCACUGAGAGACGGCGUUCAUGUAAUACCCGUAAUUUGUUAAAUCCGGGGGCGAUGAUGUCUGCUACGCGCUGAGUGCUGCCGUACAGAUCUCACAGCCGCGGCCUCACCAGACACCGCGCAGAUAACCACCGAGAAUUUAAAGCAAAUUUAAGAGAGUAAACUUGUGGAAGUGAUUGCAAUCAGGCCGUCUCUAAUGAGCUAAUUAGAAAACACUCCAAGGCUCAUUGAAUCUCCUGAAAGCCUCUCCUCCUCUGUUCCCGUCUGAGAGCGUUACCACUUAUGUCCAUCAGUGACGGACGAGUGAUGCACGAGGCUACACCUCAACCCAACCCUGUCCCCACUCAAGCCCACCAAGGUGACCUGAGGCCUCUAUCAGCAUAUUAACCCCUCUGUAGUAAAUCUGAACAGCCUGACUGGCCAGCUGUAACCUUCUUCUGCACAGCACACUCCUCCUCUCCAAGAUAAGGGUCUCCUGUGUGUGCAUUUGCUUCAGAUAGGAGCUGCCUGUCUGUUAACCUGCUGACAGUGCAGCAAAACACAAAGAGAGAUAAGCGCAAAACACCCAACCUCAAACUAGAAUCUCUUGAUGGUAAGUAACAAGUGUUAUGUGAUUAAUGUAUAUCCUAAAUGGGUUGUUAUAGUAUCUUGACAGGGUGAGCAUCAACACAUGUACACCAAUCACUGAUUCAGAAACAGCUUUUAAAAUGAUUACACAGUUUUAGAUGCAUCCAAAGUAACAAUUAGCUUUGCAUGCUUUGAUUUAUUUUCGCAUUUUUAUUGAAAUUAAUCUACGACAAAUAAAAAAGUAUGACAGAUUUUAUCACAAGUUCUAGAACCUUCACUGCCUGGCCUCUGAUUGGGCUUUUAUGGGUCACAUGAUUGCAGAUACAACCUGUGAUUGGUUGGCAGGGUCAGCUAAUAACCCAAAUGGCACUAUUUUAAGGUCCUUACACACUGGGAACAACGCAAAUAUACAUCACGAAAUUACAAAAUAUUCUGAGGCGAAUUUUGACGCGCCUGACCAAACGCAUCAAGCGUGAUGUGAUUUUGCGACUUUCCAGAGGGAAGCGAGAAGACUGACACAACAGCAGACUGACUGUUUUUCAGUUCUGAUUAGACACUAGUGUUGAGAUGGCUGUCUCAUGAUAGCAUGUAUUGAGUUGGGGCCAGUACAUUAAACUAUAAUCCAUAAAGGUAAGGUAACAACUGAGACCUAAUGGUGCUGUGACAGCAACACUGGGAUUGAGUUGGAGACAAUGAAAAUACAUAUGGUAUGUUGUAUCUGAACAGGUUAGCUUACGAGCUUAAGUUACUUAGCACAGAUGAAAGUUAAAACAAAGACAUUUAGCAAACUGUUAAAGCACACAAACCAUCGUCAUAUGAGAAAUCCGACGCUAUGACUCUCCACAAGUUGUCCUUCAGGUCGUUAUCUUUGUAAUGUUUGUGUCUUUUAUCAAAAAGCACUCUGUUCUCCGACAUGUAAACAAUCGGCCGGUCGGCCAUAUUUGAUACAGUGGUGAAUCUGAUGUGGCAACAACACGCAAUCUGAUUGGUCAGAAGUGGACACACAGUAUGCGAAACUUUAGACUUUAGAAAAUUUGACCAUGAUAUGGAAGAAUAAAUGCCGCAGUAUCGCAGGACGGGAAAAUGACGCUGAUGUGAACGCUUGUAUUGACAGGAUACGGGUUAAAAAAAAUAUAUUGAUGUCUGAAAUAAUCACAUGAAAAAAACACUUCCGGUGUGUAAAGACCUUAACUCCUAAUUCUUGUAAGCACAUAUGUUUUAAUGGGCCACCCUUGUUGUUGGUCUACCAUGACUCUUAUUAACUGCCACUGGUGAUGCGUCACAUCAUUAUAUUUGUGCACCAGAGAACCAUGAAGCAUUACAGCAGAUGUUGUCCACGGCUGGAACCAGUUCUCAUCUGAAACUGGUUCUUCCUUCCCUUUUGUAGUUUCCUGUCAAAGUGUACAGGGUUUGCCUCUUUAACUUAAUCUGCUUUUUCUCUGCCACCUCCAUGUCCAUUCUUACUUUUUCUCCAUAAACCAACAGACGUCCAAUUUCUUCCCGACUUCUUCCUGUGUGUGAUUAAAUUUGGUCAACUGCAUUUGCGAUUAGAGCCGUAGCCCUAGCAACGGUUUGUACCACGGGAAAAGCUUACUAUCUAGAAACAGCCAACAGUUGCUAUGAAAUAUUGCAGUGUAAAGGCUCUUACAAAACAAAGCCAUGCCAUGAGCAGCAUUUAACCAUGGUUCAAUCACAUGAGCUUAACAAGAAUGACUUGCUCAGUAUGGAGGCAGCCCACACAACCAUAAUACACAUCAUGGCUGCCUGUAUUAAGUAAAUUUGCAUGUCCAACAACAAUGUAAAGAUAGAAGAGAGUCCAAAAUGUCACUGAUGAGUGUUUCUCCACCAAUAAAUGUAUACCAAGACCUUAUCAGGUUAGUACUUUGGGGGGUUAUUCGCUCUGACUCUCUCUGUGUUAAUAAAGCUAAUGUUUUACAGCCUGUCUUGAUAUUUAAAGUUAACCUUCAUCAGUCCAUGAGAGGUGUUUUGGGCAGUCAUGCUAGUCAGAUACACCAAGAGAAAGAAGGUGAAACUCAAAGUUUUCUCAGGAACAUAGAGUUGCACUAUAGGCAUACUGAGAAUACUGGAAAGAUCUGUGGAUGCUAAAGUUCAGUGUAAUGCUGUCCCAAUGACCAGUACCUGGAAAAAAGCGGCAUUGCCCAGGUGCCUCGGGGCAGCUGGAGUUGGGCCACUGUCAGCAAUUGAGCCCGGACUAGUUGCCUCUUUUGGGAACUGCUUCUCUAUGAAGCUUUCCUCAGCAUCAGGGACUGAGAAAGGCAGCAGGACGAGUGCGAUACAGCCCAGCUCAGUACAAACAAAAGACAAGAAAUAACUCAAAAGCCACGCAGGUAAACAGGAAAGGGCAGCUGAAAAAUCUGGGCCAGAGAGUUCUGCAGCAGGAGCACAGCGGACAGGGUACAGAAUAAUAACAAGACUCCUGGAAUGAACCUUUGUUUGUCUGCUACAAUCUCAGGAACAAAGAAGAGCGUUCUGCCUUUAAUUGUUAAAUGCAUCUGCAGAUCAAAACCUGCUCUGAUCUGACUGAAACGACAAACUAGAAAUCUGUCCGGGCAUGCAGGAGGGCAUGCGGGGGAAAGAAUUACAAAGCACAAUCUAAAUUUAAUGUUCCGUAGAUGUGAGUAUUUUUUGGCACUAGUUACCUGUUCGACAAGAAACCUGAUAAGCUCAUGGAGGGCUGAACUGUUCCUGAUCAAACUCAUCUUUGCAUGAUUACAUUCACCUUCAAAACAAAAAAAUGACACAGCAGUUUUUGUCUCCCAAAAGCUUUAGUCUGAUUGGUUCAUGGGAGGGGGGGGCGGGGGUAAGAGGAAGCAAUUUUGGCUUAGUCCUGGUGAGCGUUGCCUUGUGGGAAAUCAGCGUUGUGGCAGAUCCUGUAAUUAGUUCUGCUUGUUAGAAAAAUGAAGGGGUUACUAAUUAGCAAGUGGAUGGCUUCUUGACUUGUUGUGCAUCUUUUCCCUCCUUUCCUUGAAGAUCAUCAUUAUCGUCUCCAGGCAAAAUGGGGGGAAGAGAGAGAGAAAAAGAGAGAGAGAGAGAAAGAAAGAGACUGCUCAGUUGUGCUGCUCAACAGUUGAGCUUUAACACGAUGGAUCUAGAUGGACAAAUCUCGAAGGGUGUUCUGUCAUGCUCUGACAGACAGGCUGCCGACUGUAAGCACGUGGAGGCGAACGCCUGGAGCUGUGCAAGAUUUCACUUUUCCAGUUUGCUUAACAAGCAGGGCUGUCUGGUUGUCCCACAUCUUUAUGCGUACAGUCUUACAGAUGCUUUGUGCUGCCUCAGAGUUAUCUACAGUUCAAAUACGCAAGGGUUUAAAAGAAGAAAAGGCCAGGACUACUGUACUGUAUCUUUUAUCACACUUAACUGGCUUUAUCUGUGACUCGUACUCAUUAUUUCUUUCUAUCACAUAAUAAUGUGAAAUACGCAGUUAGGGGCCUGCUCGGGUGGAGUUAAAAGUUUAAUCUUGUUGCUUCAUUGUCAUAUCAGGUUAGAUCUGAUAUCAUCUGAUAUGGAUAAAGAAUAAAAACAAAAGAAAGAAGAAAAAUAUAACACUGCUCAGGAAUUAAAUGGAUGGCCGAAAAUAUACUCGGGUAUCCUCUUUCCUUGGUGUACUUGUUUACUUGACAGGGACAAAUACAUGAGAUAUCACUUUAUAGUGAAUACAAAUGCAGGUUACUAGUCAUGGCUAAUUUGCAACCCCUGGUCAGUAAAUGAAAACAAAGAGACUGUGGACUUUUAGGGUGUGCUAAGAUUGUCUUUUGAAAAAUGAGUGUUACAAAAGACUUAAUGUCACAACAAUUAAGAUAAUAUAACAGAAGACAGAUACAGUGUACGAUACAGCCUUGCUGGAUAGUCAGUUGGGUGAAGAUAUAUCAAUCUUAUUGCAAAAAUACUGCAACAUUCAGCCUGGAAAUUAGCCUCGGUGUGUAUCUUUUCACUUUUGACGUUGUAUUUUAGGUUAAACCCCAAACAUUAAUGCAUUAAUGUUGUCUCAAGGAGUGUCCCUCGAUAUGAUAUUAGUAUCGGAUAUCGGUCCGAUAUCAGCAAAAAAUGAAUUUUGGAUUAUAUCGGCCUGCAUCUAAAAUCUUGGAUAUCAGCACUCUGAUACAAGCAGUUCAUUCCAGACUCCGCUCCAGCACCUCUAUCUAGCAGCGCCCUAUCCAGCAAGCUGAGCCCACAAAAUCACAACAAUAGUGUGUACUAAGGUACUGACAAAUUAGCAAGAAGUAGGAGUGAUGUCAGCCUUAUGGCAGAAUUUUUUAUUUAAGUCCAAAAAACAACAUUGCAGCUGAGUGAAAAACUUGUCAUGCACACAGUCUUAUAAACUAUUUCAUCGGGCUCUACUUGAAUUUACACUUUGACUUCAGUAUAUUCUGUGACUCUGCAAACUCUCCCUCAGUGAAAAGGAAAUUAAGCAGAAAUAAAAUGGAUACUGACUGAAAAGAUUUGUACAAUGUAAGGCUGAUUGCUGUUAUCAUAACUCAUUGUAUAUUCAGGGUAUAUUAUGCAGUAUAUAAAGGAUUUGAAGGAUCAAGCACAGCUAUGAUGGAUUUAAUCAAAAUCCUCAAGAAAGUACAAGCAAGAAAGUGUGUGAAAAAAAGAUUUUAUUCCCUUGUGUAAUGUGGCUUGGAUGUUGGAGCAUAAAGGGAAUGCAAAUCAAACUCAUCCAGAAAUAGACCCCCUUUUGUACACUCAAGAUUGCAUAUAAGAAGACCCAUAAUCCUCCGCCUCUGAUGUUUCGAAAGUUGAGACUUUCAGCCCUGCUUCCUACGUCCCACCAAUGCACGCUGAUUCCCCCGAAAGUCCCUCUCGUUAAGCUGUGGGCAAUUUAUGGGAUGAAAGCGGAAGUGUUUCUGCAUGAUGUCACACUCUUCAUCGAUAAUUCUCCGUAACACGACGUUACAUGCAUGCGGCUGCAGAGGGACAUUUAUCUCCCUUGGCUGAUCCGCUUCCAAGAAUGAUCCUGAUGUGACAUUACGUAAGAGCAGGAAGGCAGAGCCGCCGGUAUUAGAGAACGCACAAACUCCAGAGAACAUACUAAUCUCCCUAUGUGAUUAUUAGUCAUAAUAUUUAACGCUGGCUUAAUGAGCGACCCACGGCAUAAUCUCUAUCUGGCACAUUCACCUGUUCGCUUCUCACUCUCCUGGCUCCCCUUUGAGGAGGGGGAUAGGGUGGCAAACAAAAUGAUUACAGCCAGAGUGUGCAGGGAAUCACCCUGAAGAUAUGAAACUGAGAAAAACAAAGUUAUUGUUGAGUGACUCAGUGGAAAAUCACAGGAUUAAUUUUCCUUCUCUGACUGUAAUUUUGGAUAAUGUUCCUUCAUUUUUUGUAAUUAUUUAGCAGCUAUAGUGGCAAAUCUAAUGUAUGGUAAAUUAUGAGCUGUUAAACAGAAACAGUGGGACACUGAUGUUCACAGUGACUGCAGUGGGGGAGUUUUCACAGGAUGAAACCAGCUCUUAUGUGAAAUUUCUCCUGUUGUGACUGAAUUUGAUUUGACUUCAUUUGUUUAAAUUGACAAAAGGAUUCUAGUUUAAUCGGGACUUACACUAACAAACUUUUAUCAAAGUCCAUGCCGAUCUCCUCCAGUCUUCAAAAUAUUCAAGUUAAUUGAUUUUCACUGCAAUGUAAGGCCACUUAACAUGCAGAUGAAACAAUUUGUUUGAAUCUCGUAGGUUUGCUCUGAAUUUUAAAACGCUUACAAGAUCAACUCAAAUAAAAAAAUUCCCUCCACAUUCCCCAUUUUAGCAUCUAAAAUCUGUGAAGGCAUGUGUAACAGUCCUGAUAUGCUGAGAUCUGAACAAAAGCAAUGUGUUGGUACCCUUGUAGCUAGAAACAGAGGCCUCUGAGUGACUGUUAUUUCACACACACAUGCACACUCGAUUUUUGGAGAUAAAGUGAGCGCUGUUCAGUCAGUUGGUGAAAGGCUUUUGUUUCAAAAAUAGACUCGGUCGCAGCUCUGCACAUGCCAAAUAGGCCUGCUGUGAUGUAUGGCAGAGAACUGAGUGAUUGUAUAAAGAGUGGAUUUACUUUGGCAUGAUCGGGCACAGAGCCGCUCUCAGAAGUAAAGUUGUCUCGUUAAAACCGGCAGGACAAAGUUUGGGACCUUAAAUAGCUUCACAGUGGGUCCUGUUUACAGAGAGAGUACAUUUGAAAAUGGAUUAAAUUAAGAAUUACUUAGAGAGAACAGGAUAAAUGAAAUGUAUGGAUGUAUGUCUGCUUCAGGCUUCCGUAGUUAGGAGACUUGCUCUUUCCCAAAACAGCACUGGACUGUGUAAUUCUAAUGAAACUAAAAUUAUUCUACAUUAGGAUAUAGGGCUGGGCAAUAUGGCCUCAAAUCAAUAUCAUAAUAUAUUGAGCAGUUCACAUCGAUAACGAUAAAUGGGCGAGAACUACUCCAAAAGCUGCUCACCCCCUCCCACAUCGACUUCGUCACUCCAGCUGCUACAACUUUUGAAUCCUCCUCCAUCUCCUCACCUGUCUUCCCCUCUUUCCCUCUUCCAACGUUGGACAGCGUCUUAAAGGGACAUGAGACCAUAGCCUACUUACACACAUCCAAAAAACAACUUUUAUUUAUUAAUUUAUUUGACACUGAAUAUACCGAUAUGGGCAAAAUGAUGUUGGUUAUUGUCAUAAAUUUCAGUAUCGGUAAAAUUUUGGUUUAUCGCCCAGCCCUAUCAGGACAAGAUUAUCACACAUUAUCCAAAUUUGUGAUUUGGUUUCUUUCUAAAUAUUCAGUGAGAAGAGUGAUUUCAUAUUUAUGUGGUUCAGAAAAAAAAAUCCAGCAGAGUGGCACUUAGCUUUGUAUAAAAACUAGUGAAAAGGGAAAAGUUGGGCAAGCAUAGGGCUGGGCGAUAAACUGAAUAUUUAUAGAUACCGAAAUUAUAUCUGUUUAUUCAGUGUCAAAACAUUAAUAAAUUAAAGUUGGUUUUGGAUGUGUGUAGGUAGGCUAUGGUCUCAUGUCCCUUUAAGACACUGUCCUACAUCGAGGACAUGACUCCAUCCCAUCCAGUCCGUAACAAAGAGGGAAAGACAGAUGAGGAGAUGGAGGACGGUUCAAAAGUUAUAGUGGCUGGAGCAGCGGCUGAAGGAGACAAAGUUAAUGUGGGAGGGAGUGAGCAGCUUGUUCAGAAGUUAUCGUCCAUUUAUCGUAAUCAAGGUGAACUGCUCAAUAUAUCCUGAUAUUGAUUUGAGGCCGUAUCGCCCAGCCCUAGCCAAGCAUCAAUCAAUAGGAAUAAAUAUGCUCUGUUGCACAUCAACCGUCUCUCUUUUAAAUUCAUUCAAAUUCACCAACAUCAUUCUGCUGUUUACAGUGUGUCCUAAAAUAAUAUACCAAUCAUAACUCUUAUCCUUGACUUAAAUAAGUAAAACUCAUUCAGACAGUUUUGAAUAUAUUUCAAGGACACUCAAGUAGACAGUCUCGUCUUGCUCAGCAUCGGACUGACAUGGGCGAGCACAGCAGUGGGGAGGAAUCUGUCUCUCAAGUCUUGUCCACUUCCAUCACAGUCAGUCAUCACCGUCACUGUAACUGUGCUGUAAUGUCCUCUCUAUCGUCUCUCUCAUCUCGUCUGUGUUGUUGUGUGCGGCAUGCUUCACAUCUUUGUCCUGUUUUUUUUCCUCUCUCUUUCUCCCCCACUUUUACUUCUUCUUCUCUUUGUGUUGGAUGAGAAGGCGAGUCCUGGGGCGAUGGAGGAUGACGGCAAGUUGUCGGUAGGUCCUGUCUGAUUGACACUCUUCUUCUUCUUUUUCUUUGUCUGCUUCUGUGUUCGUCCCCCGUUCCUGUGUAGACGUAGAAGCGUAAACUUGUGUUCCUCCAACCAUACUGUGAACUACACACGAACACUGUUUUCUCUGACCUUUAGCCUCUCUGUGUCUGAAAAAAAGUAGCUCUGCCUGUUUUCUGAGUCUUUUCUGUUCCCAGCAUGCAAACAAAAAUCAAAGACGCAUGACUUUAGAGAACUGUAGACUCUUUUAAUGCUUCUAUACUUCCUCAAAGCUCAGCUGAGUGUUUAGUUUUCAUCCAGAGUCGAAAGGAAGAAGAUAAAACACCAGCAGACGGAGAAUCUUCGGUGCACACACAGCGAGGAGCCACCUCUUACACAAGCCCUGACAGUCUCCAUGUCUCCCUUGCCUCCCGCUCACACCCAUAUGGGCCUGUGAAUUAGCACCUGACACCUCCUGUGCCUACGCAUCACCUGUGGGCAGCCAAAGGGGGGGAGGACACACUCCAAACAGCUGCCGCCUGCACCCGUGCUUAAUUUCCCACAGUUCUCCGAUUCAGCUUCGGCUGCAGGAGUGACCUUGGCGAGGGAAUGUUUUGAAAGACAAAAACUGUAAAAGCGUGUCUCCACCCAGGCGGCUUACAUUUUUAAAAACUCUAAAGCCUUUUCUGAUAUUUUUACUUGGUUGCAGGUUCCUCUUAGGGUGUUAUGCAAAAGAGGAUUAGGGAAUCGUACUCCACACAACUUAGAAAUGGCUCUAUUGAGGUGCUUGCAAUUGAUAGUUAGAUGCUAAUACUGUUGGAUCAAAGUUAGGUAUUUAGUAAGAAGCUAGUGUUAUGUUUGAUUGACACUUUGUUCCCCCUCUCACAGGCCAGGCCUCGGCUUCAGAGGGGAGGUAGCUCCGCCUCCCUGCACAACAGCCUGAUGAGGAACAGCAUUUUUCAGCUGAUGAUUCACACGCUGGAUCCGUUAAGUGAAGGUAAGACACGUCUUCACUGGUGGAUAACACCUGAGUAAGUCUCUAAAUGGAGGAAUAUACUGCACUAAUGUUCAUUUUACAGGUUGAUCUCACCUUUAAUGUCCAAAUCUCAAACCUUUUCUUCUAUUAAAAUGAUUAAAAACGUGUAAAUCCCAGCAACAAGAAUUCAUAGGGCGCCAUUUUUCAAGACUUGAUCCAGUCUAGUCAGAAUUAAAAAAAAAAAAGAAAAAACAGUUUUCCAAGCAAAAUUACACCAUCUAAUGUGCUCAGUGUCUCCACUGUUAUCAUAGAAAUGCAUCUGUAGCCCUUAUACACCAGACAGAUUGAUCCCUUUUUAAAAAUAGUUUCAUAGCAGACAAGGUGAGCUCUGUGUCGUGUCAGAGCACAGCUGAGGUUGGAGAUCAUUUUCCUUUAAUCCAAGAUGAAGGCCUAUUAGCUUAGCUAAAGGAAAUGUAAAACGGCAGUGUCAGUGCUCGGCACAGGGGGAUGAAUAUGUUAAUGCGCCGGGGGGAGGUGUGGUGUCAUCUCAUUCUCAAAAGACGAACAAAAAGUAUGCACAUUGACGGAGAGCCGGCAGGAAACGGGUUUUAGGAGGGUUUGAAAAAUUGUCAUCAGACCACUUUCUUUUUUUAUAAGCCGGACUGAAAGGUCUGAUGUAUUGGUUCUGUGAGCGGUAUCUCCCAAAGUGAUGAAUCCUAAUACGUUUGAAAUUAAAUGUUAAAACUAAAUCCUGGUUUUAAUACUCUUUUCCCUUCAAGGUUUAGCAAAAAAGCAUCAGUGUCAGGAUAACAACAGAAAGAAAUACAGCAUAGGAGGAGGUCAAGAAGCCAUUUAUAAGCACGAAACGAUGUCCGGAUGAAAUAUUUCCCCUCUCACUGGAUGUGAUCUCAUUAGCAGAGGUCUGUCCAGCAGCGAGGAGGCAUUUCAUCCUUCUCAGAAAUGACUGUACAUUCCUUGAAAGCCAAACCGAAAAUGAGUCAGCUCAGGGAAGAUUAAUAAGCUAGGCCGAGACGGGCCUUAAAGUGCCCAUUAACAUGCAUCAAGUCGUUGUUGAACACCAAGUCCAAGGCGUCUCGUCUGUGAGUGUAUUCAUCUGUCCUUUCCAGUGAUUAAAACGUAAAUCAAGGCAUGCAGAGGAAACGGGAGGCUGUAUGCAGGCCAGACUGUAUACACUCCACCCUGCCAACCCUGUUCAAUCUAUUUGUCAUUUGGUUUACUCCAGGGCUUAAUAACAAGCACUAAUGAUGCCAGACUGUAAUGUUUACUUCUUUUUGGAUCAAUAAACUAGACUGUAAAUACAGGGGACGAAAUGCCGUUUGCAUUUUGGCCAAAAUUACAGUGGCCGAGAAACGCCACUGCUGCAAAUAAAAAAGGAUGCACAAAAAUAUGAAGCCACAACAGAAGUUAAUGACGCACGAAAAAAGUGGCAAAGUUACUUAAUGGGAAAAUAAAAGGAUGCAAAUAAAAAAAGCCACAUUGGAAGUGAGUAGCUGGGGACCAAUAAUGAAAAAAAGUGAGGGGUCUGUGUACUUAUUUCUUUGAGUGAAGCAACCGAACUGUAAAGCUACCGAACUCAAUUCUCCUCUUGUGGGUGGUCUUUCGGGGCGUAGUGGGGUUCCAGUGUUUGCCAAAGCUAACACUACACUGGCAUCUUCCAGUUCAACUUCAUAUUGAAUCAGGCAUAACAUGGCCUAAUCAAAUGACACAUUAAAAAGCACAUGAAGCAAAAUGAAACAAUAACCUUUCCACUUACUUCUUUGCUUGUCUUCUCGCUGUUGUCUUCUGUGGCUAGAUCGUAAAACUCCGAUGCAUCAUCAUUAUUGGUACCCAGCAGCUCACUACUUCUGUUUAGGCUUUUUAAUUUUUUUUAUAUUUUUAUUUUUGCAGUAGGUAACUUUUUCUUUUUUUUGCAUUGCCACUUCCGUUGCGGCUUUUUAAAAAAUGUAUCCGUAGCAUUUCGUUUUUUAUUUGCAGCGGGCUUCGGUUUCAUUUUCUUUUUUUUUUUUUGCAUCGGUAACUUCCGUUAUGGCUUCUUUUUUUUUUUUUUUGCAUUCUUUUUCAUUUGCAGACGUGGCGGUUCUCGGCCACCGCACGAAAUAACUCCCCAAAAAGUUUUUAAAAAAAUGUAAAAUUCACUUAAAAUGUGAUGUGAUGUUUCUCAAUGAUGGGCUUUGAAUGCUCAAACAAGAAAAUUCUGCUUUGUUAUUAUUAUGAAUGCAGCAGAAAUGUGUGGAUGUUUCACAAGAUUUGACCAAUGAGUCUUGGCAAGAAAAGUGUUUGGAAAUAGAUGCACUGAUACAACAACUACAGUGUGAUACAAGGAUUGAAUGAAUUACCACAAAGAGCACAAGAAACACUUUUACCUUCCAAGUACCAUGUUGGAAGAUUCUCACAGUUGGGUGAACAUGUACAGUGAUAUAAGUCAGUUUUAAAGCAGACUCAUCAUGUGCCUCAUUUGUUAGGUGGGUUAGAUAUUCUCAUUGAUCCAUCACCAUGACGCUCCAAUAAAAGUCAGACCUUUUUUGAGAUGAGUGGCCUGCGUCUGUGCAUGUUUACCGAUACAGUUAAUGCAAAGGAGCAUUUUUUGCUGGUGGAGAGAGACAACAGGGAGCACCCGGCAGACAUGCUGCUUGUCCUUGUGUGCUCUCAUGCUUUAAGUGUAGCUCAGCUGGGCCGUGGGAGAGUUGGCAGGACUCCAUCCAUACAUUUUUCAUGGACGUUUCUUAAAAUAAAGCCUGCUUCCAAGUUGAAGGAAAGUCUGAUGUAGCGUUGCUAGUGCUGGAACGAGUUCACCGUCGACUUUUAGGGUGGGGAUAGCUAGACCUGUGUGGCUGUGGCUGUGUGUUUUUAUGUUUUUUCCUGGCUUUAACUCUUCACUUCUAUUUGCUGCCUUACUUCUACAGUAUUCAAUGAAUAUUGUGGCUAACCAGACCAAUUUUAAGCGAGUAUUUUUCCUGCUACGACUAUUUUUCUCGGCAGCAUUUCAUGAAAUGUAAAGAAACACGAUGGGUUGCAGUUAAUGCAACAGAAAAUAUAAAACAAAACAGACGAGGGUUAUGCAGGAAACUCUAUGUGUUUUAUGUGGAUGACUGAGAAUGUGUGUGUCUGUGUGUCAGUGUUUGUCUUAAUGGAAAAUAUUCUUUUUUUCCCCCGUCUUGCAAAGUGUUACAUAUGAAGAUUUAUCACAUCAUAUUAUCAUAUCUGUCUGCUCAACGCAGAGCUACCUGGUUGUUAAGUGAUGACAUCAUGGCUCCAUAUGAAACAGUUUCCGGGUCAGGGCGCCUAACACCUACCGUAUAUUUCGAGAUAUACAUUAGUGUUGUGCUCAACAGCGACUGAAGUUGAUCAUUUUAGUUUGACCAUAAAACAACUAAAGGGAGAUUCAUUAAGUCCCCUAAGGUUCGCAUAAAAAUAUUCACACGACAUGAUGGGCUGCUCACUCUCAUCUAAGAAAAACUAUUCAUGGUUUAAUGAAAACAAACACAGAAAAUAUCAUCUGGAUUUAUCUGUUUUCUGUUUCUGUCUUCCUAUUUCUCUUUCUUCUACUGUCCCCUCAGAAUUUGCUGACUCUGGUGAGUUACACCUCUAAUUUCUGUAUCCCCCCUCCUAAGCAAUAGAUGUUUGUUCUCAUUUCAACAGCCUAGAGGCAACUCUCUUGCCCGACGUGUCCCCUAUGUAUACAUCCCAAGCGCCGCCAUAUGCUGUGCUGUAUGUCAACUCUUUACUGUCCAUCCUUGCAGACUCUCUCCUUCUGAAAUAUCAUUCUCCUCUGUGGAUGUAUUCUUCCUGGAAACCCUCUGUGACCAUUUUCUGUAUUGUUUUCCCCCAUUGUCCCUAAUCCUCUCUCUCCUCUUAGGAACUCCCUUUAGAUGUAGAGUUGUGGUAUGACUCUGUGAGAUGGAUAGAAGCCCAAAAACGGAUGAUUUGGGUUUUUCACUGUCUGUGUUGUCAAACUUUUUGGAGGUGCUUUACUCUGCAGAUAUUUAGAAAUGUACUAUAUGUCAGUGGUGUAGGAAGAAGAUGUGGUUUUGAUCCAUUUUGACCAUGUUGUGCUUGGUUCAUGAAUAAGGAUUUAGCUGAUGGAGGAAAAUGUCAGGUGUUCACCUGCUUUGAAAGAGAGCUUUGGACUUUUUUUUGAUACAGUGCACAGUUGUUUACAGAGUUGAUACAAAACCAAAACCAGAUUUCGAAAAUGUGGAAAGUGGUUCCGGCAUUGGUAUCCACAAGGCUUUGUCCCCCAAAUACAAUCCUAGAUUUUUACUAGAUAUUAGUUUUGCAAUGCAAUGAUCACUCAAAUCUUUACUGAAGUAUUGUGUUGUACAUUUUUGUGUGGCUCUGAGCGAAUUUUUCCAUCAUCUACAUGACAGCAAGCUGAUCUGAACUCAAAUCCUUCCUCGUAAAUUUGUCUCCUUUCUAGUUAAAAGACCCGAUUAGACUUAGUUUAAGACACACUGACCCGACAGUGCAAACAAUUAUCAUUUUUUCAGACUGAAAAGGUUUGUUUUGAGACUCUUUUCCAGAGGAUUUCGUCAUUUUAUCUCUGUACAGUACUAGCUUCUGACUUGUUAUAACAAACUUGUCUGCACAGCGAGCUAUGACCUGUUGAAGGAGCACAGGGCUCCGGUUGUUCAUGUUACAACAGCGAAUGCGGCAUCUAAUGUGAACGGAAUGCGUCCACGAAGUGACCCGCAUGCGCACAAAGCACAAAUUGCUUUCCGCGCCUGUUUGUGUUGUCGAGCAAUGGUGACAUUUGACGCAUAUUGAUGACGUAUAAAUCGGAUGAACGCGACCUGAGCGUCCACACUGCAGUCACAUCGGAUACAUAUCCGAUUUAUAUCCAGAUACAAAAGAGGCCUGGGUCAGAUUUGAAAAAAUCAGAAUUGCACUGUUCACACUUACAUGAAAAAAUCAGAUAUGUGUCACAUGUGAUUGAAAAUUGACCUGCAGUGUGAACACAGCCUGAAAAAUGUGAUCUUCAUUAGAGUGGGUCUUUAAUGCUGGUGGUUAUAUUUCAUAAAGUAGUUUGGGAAGAUAUAUCUUACUACUCCUUCAAAUACAAUUCAAAACAUUUUUACUUUAACUUAUGUUAGUUUGACCUCUGCUUUAGUAAAAUGUCAUUAAAGUGAUUGUACUUUUACUAAGGUAGAUCAUUUUAGGGCUUGUUCCACCCUGAAAUUUACCAAGCAAAAGAAAGAGCUCUGUUAACCAGGUUAAAGUCUAAUGCUGGUCCUGGGUCAGUACGAGGUUUUGGCUGCAGCCCUGCUUCAAGCGUUUAAUGAUCCUGAAGAACAAUAGUGUUACUGGCCUUUUUGAGUGUCCUUUAGUUUAAUGAUAGACCUUCAUCUCUGUAGGUCUUGCUUAUAGGAGGAGACAGUCUGAUACAGAAAAUUUCUGGCAAAAGCGCCUGCAUCUCUUUUUCCAUCAGUGCUACAAACAAUAUUACUUAGGAGCGGCAUCAAAUAUUGAACUACAGAGAGAGACGGGGAGGGAGAAGAGCAGAGUGGCUCUCGGCUCUGAAACAAGCCUCCCAAAACAGCACUCCCAACUCAGGCUGCGUGCUUAAGUCCUUCAGUAAGAUUUAUUACUGUGAGAUGUGAACUCUGGUGCUGAGUCUGUGCAUAUACCGUGCAUGUUCUGCAUAUACGUGGCUGAGCUAGGUGUGGAAGAAUAUGGGUGUUAUUAUCUAUUCUUAGAAAAUGUAUAAACUCGCCACAUUUUCACUGCACUGAACCAGAGCCUUAUAUUUUGGGGUAAACAGCUCUAAUCUUUACAUAACUGCUCUGUUAAAGUUUAAUGAUGCUAAAAAUAAAGCAGCACAAACCGCAAUCUCAUCAGAUGCCUUCCUGCAGAUCAUUAUCUCGCUGAGAUAUACUAGAAAGAUGGCUCUCAAUGCCAGAGCGGCCUUGGACGGCUUUGAUUUUUAUUGAGCAGACGUCGCAGCGAAGUCCUCUGCAGACCGAGCAUAAAGAGGACAAGGUUAUUCGGGUAAACCAUAAAACGGCCAUGUUGGCAGACAAUGCGCUUGUUGGGUGAACUGGUGAGAUAAAGGAGGACAUGGUCCAGUGUUUCAUGGGAAGGUGUCGAUGGAAGCACGGAAGGAAAUCAGCCAAAGGGCAUCAAAGUCCGCGAGAGGGUGUUCAUGCUCAUAUAGGAUUAAAAAAAUGACUUAGAUUAAAAAUUAAUGGUCGUCGCAACAGAAGUGCUAAUUUUCUGGGAUUUCACUUUAUAUAAUUUUAGACGAUAAAUACAUUCACCACCUAACAUUUCCAGUUUACCCCCCACCAGUUGUGUGCUGGCCCACAGCCCGAUUGAUCUACCGGUUCAAUAACGCUCCAACUGUCACUGACCUCCCAAUCCUCGUGCAACGGAAACAUAUUUUCCAUUUAUGCAGAUUUAAUACACGGACACUUUGACGCAUGUCUUAUGACAUUUAAACACUUUUCUUACUUUAAUUUUGCUGUGGAUUGAACAAAAAUAAAGCAUCAACAUUGUGAACAAAUAAAAACAGCUGUAAUAUCUGUGACCUUUGUGAUAGUGCCAGGUGAGCUGGAUCGUUUUGUUUCCUGUCUUUGAGUUUCGCUGAGCUAAACUCCUAUUUUUCCAGCUGCAAAGUUAAAGAAGAGGAAUGGGAAAUGUACUUACUGCCUUUACUAUUCUUAUCUUCACAGGAUAAGACUGGUGAAUAAGUGCAUCCGUCCAAUACCUCCUCUUAAUGUAUUUAAAUAGAAACAGUCAACAACUCCUAUCAAGCUGUCAAACUCCCCUUUAUUUAUUUUGAUAGAAAAUCGCACCUCCAGUAUGUUAUGUAACUGUGACUAGCAAACCCGCACCUAUUACCCCAUCAUCUUUCCAACCACACAAUUCACACACACGCACACACACAUAGAGAUGAACACAAACACCCUUCGCCCUCCCCGACCUCCCAUCUCUGGCCCCUGUGCCGGAUGGGUGAAAGAAUCAAUGUUAAAAGCCUUUUUGCUUCAGCACAGACUGAGUUUUCCCCGACACUCCAACCCCCAGUAGACAGGGCGGGUAUGCACACACACACACAUACACACCCACACACACACACACUCUCUUGCAAACGGCUCACCAGAGGCUUAGAGGUCACACAACAAGGACAAGAGAGCCCCUGGUAAACAACAACAUGCCCGGCUCUCACUCCGGUCGCAGAGGGCACAAUGACAGAGAACAGCUCGGGCAGUGAUUGUGCGUGGGGUUAAUUGCCCUCAGAGAAUCCUCAGUUAGAGGCGGGCCUUACAGCGAUCGUGCACUUCAAACCUAAAUCGCCUAAUCAUAUGGGAUUGGGGCACUUGUCUGGGAGUGCAGCAGAUGAGGGAAAAAUACUGCAGUGGGAUGUGUUUUCAUCUCAUUAGAUGGUGUUUUCAUGGCGUCCAAGCCCCACAUUUGGCACAAGGUUCGCACAGUAAUCCUCUCACAUGUGAGUAGAGUGGUCGCCCACUGUUGGUUGCCUGGUGGAGUUUUAUAUUGGUGUGAGUGCAUGUGGCUCGAUUUAUGCACUUUUGAGGAGAAGUGAUUGGUCAGUUUGGCCAAAUAUCAAAAUAUAUGUUAAAAUUUUUCUCUUUUUUUUAUUUUAGUCUUUAUUAAAUAAGAGUAGACAAAGAGGAACAAAGGUUAAAAGGUCUGUGGUCAUGUGUUGUGGUGAGCAAAAGGAGAAAAACUUUUUGAACAUGAUUUAGUACUGAAUAUUUCCUGACACGGAUAUCUACAUGAAAACUUUCUGACUGAGCACACUGUGAGAAUUGUUGUCGUUUCUGGCGUGAUUUUAAGCCAGGAUUUCAUCUCGAUCUUGCAUCAUUAGCCGUGCGGUGUGCAGAAACACGAGGGCUGAUCACGGCCUGAUCUCAACCAGUUGGAUGGUUUCUUGCAUGCCAGAAAUUUUGGUCGGCUGACAGUGUGCUCUCUCACAGUCAAGCAGAACCAUGAGACGAGUCUGUAACACCAGGGUGUUUUUUCCUGAUUUCACCUCCCUGAAAUAAACCGCAUCUGAAAGCACUUUAGGGACACGCAGCGUGGUGUGGACAACUUAAACACUCAUAGAUAAACACUGAGUAGCCAAACAAUAUGACCACUUGUGCAACCUAAUGUCAUCCAAUUCUACUUUUGGCGAUACUUGGACUUUAUUUUUGUCGUCAAUGUUGAAUUCUCUGGCUUAAACUUCUGUCUCUGGGGACUUUGAGAAGGAAUAAGGGCUGGGCGAUAAACCGAAAAUUUGCUGAUACCGAAAUUUACGACAAUAAUCAACAUCAUUUUGCCCAUAUCGGUAUAUACGGUGUCAAAAAGAUAAAUUGAUAAAAGUUGUUUUUGGAUGUGUGUAGGUAGGCUAUGAUCUCAUGACCCUUUAAGACACUGUCCUUUGUGGGAGACGUGACUCCACCCCAUCAAAGAGGGAAAGACAGGUGAGGAGAUGGAGGACGGUUCAAAAGUUGUAGCUGAAGCGGUGGAUGAAGUAGACAAAGUUAAUGUGGGAGGGGUUUAGCAGCUUGUGGAGUAGAUAUCGUCCAUUUAUCGUUAUUGAGGUAAACUGCUCAAUAUCUCGUGAUAUUGAUUUGAGGCCAUAUCGCCCAGCCCUAGAAGGAACUUAGUUACAUUGUCAGGGUUGUGUUUGACAAUCAAUAUGAGCCCUUUAUUUUAUAAAUAAAUAACUUGUAUAAUGUGAGUUAUCCUCGAAGAGUCACAGUCUAUACAUGGCCAGAUACAUACAGUCGCCAUCGUAUAGUGAAAGGAAAGACUGUUAAAAAAACAUUUGAAUGUGAAUUGUGGUGAUCGAGGGAAGGGUUUGUAUGGCGUUUGCACAUAUCCUUAAAGACUUACAGUCUAUUGUACCAAUGAUAAUGAUAAAUCUGUUCAGUGGAAUCACUUUUUUCUUUAGCGAGUCAAGCCUAAAAGAAAGACAGCAUUAUGUUUUGGAGAGUACUGUCUUCAAAGUGGAUGUUGACAUAAUAUAUGACUUCAACCAGCAGUGCUUUUAAUCGAUUUUUUAUUUGUGGCAACUCAACAAGCUCCGUGCCAGAAAAAAAGUGGAUGUGGAAAAACACAGGAGAGAGCACAUUGCUCACAGCUGUGAGGUGGGAGCUGCCGUUAAAGUCCAGCAUAAGAAAUAGAACUUGUAGUCCGGUGUCUCCUUUUCUGCUGCUUCAACGCUCAGCUGUUGCUGCGGGUUUGGAUUCCUGGCUAAUUCAUCACGCGGAUGUGCUGACUUUCUACUUACUGUAACACAGAGAACUGCUUCAGUAAGGGAAUCAAAUUAAUUGUUUGGGUUUUCGUUGUGGAAAUAAAAUGCGGUAUCAUCAGGCCUGUGAAUCAGCUUGCGUGUAGAGGAGAGGAGGACUCAUCUUUUUGUUGCAUGUUGACCCAGUAAAUUCUCUUCUGACUUUCCUGUUCUGUUUGUUUUGAAAUAGAUCAUUGUAUGAACUUCUUUUUUAUUUCUCUAGUAUCUCAAAUGCCCUUUCCCUUCCUCCUUUUCUCGCAAAUCUUCUUCCCUAACCUGUGUAAGUGGCAGGCCCCUUAUCAGACCAGGGGACUGUAAUUCCAUCAUGAAUCCUAAUCUGAAUUUCAACCUGUCCACUUUGUUUUGCUCUUAUGCAGUGAUAACUGGCAGACACUUUGUUUCUGUAUGUUACUCCUUGUGCCUGUGUGUGAUGUAGAACCAGCGGACCUGUGUUGUUCUGUCAUGUUCACUCUUUUCCUUUUCUCUGUGUGUUUGUUGCCUUACCCUUGUCUUUUGCUGUGAUGUUGUAGAGCUUGGGACUUAUGGGAAACUAAAAUAUUAUCACUCAAUGACUGAGGAAGGUAAGCCCGAAAGUUUUCACUUGAUUCGCUUCUGUCAUCCCUCUUGGUUUCUUACUCCAUCGUUGUCAUAAAGCUGCUCCGGACGCAUUAUUUUUGUAAGCUUGUGACUUUUGUUUUGCACUAUUUUGGCUUUUAAGUUCGAUGACCUCGGAGAUUUCACUGAAAUAAGUGCAAAUCAUUGUCGUCAUGCCAUUUUCCUUUUUUUUACUUCUCGCAUUUUUACGUUUGGAUCAUUUUCCUUUUUGUUUGCCCAGAAAAUGUUCAUACAUAUUGUGUGUUACUGUGUGUUGAAAUUUGAUUCAAUUUAUUAACAAGAUAUCUUUUUAAAAAACAAUAACAGAAAAGUUCAGCAUGUUUGAUUUAAUGAAACAGCCACUGCUUCUUCUUCUUCUUCUUCUUCUUCUUCUUCUUUGGAUUCCUUGUCAAAUUUUUAAGACAUUUCUAAACUGUUACUACUCAGGCAGGAAAAAUUACACACAAAUGUACAGAAAACCAUCCCAUGCUUCACACUCCCAAAACACAAGGCACAAGGACUUCCUUUUCUUCCUCCUUUUCUUUUCUCCUUCUUCAGCCCUGUUACCCCAUCCACAUCUCUGAGAAAUACAUCAUUUAUGCCUCAGUGCUCUCUCGGAGGUUCCACUUGCACCAGCAGCGGGUGCACAAAUGUAAGACGUACGUUGCUGAAUUCGGCAAACCGGGGGUGACUCAUCCACCCAGUGGUUGUGUAACAGGCAGAGCUGACAGGGAAAAUCAACGGCUGUGUAAUGGCAGCAAAGGAAGGGCUUAUUCUUAAAGACUCGCCAACUGCUUCAUCAUUAUGCAAAUUGAGCGAUUCUAAAUAUGUGCUCACCUCAAAUGGACCUCCCAGGAAACAUAUUUUCUUCACUGCAGAGACUGAAAGACGCCAGCAGCAUCAAGAAAUCCUUGAUCUUGCUUCGGUUUGAAUGUUAAAGCUCUAGUCAAACCCAAGCGUUGUCUUUCUUUGCCUUUGUUUUGAUUCACACUUAAAGGAAGUGUGAGUUUUUGCUUUUGUUUACUAUCAGAGCUAAAGCAUAAAAAUAAACCAUACUGUAAGGGCAAAGUACUGUAGCUGUAUACAUGUGUCUAACUUUGAUAUUAGUUUAGAAUCUAAACAAGUAAGAUGUAUCAUAUAGAGGUAGCCUGAAAAAUAGGUCCAUUUCCUAUUUUAAAGCUGUUGUUGAUAAAAAUGACAUCUUAGAAUUUAAAGCUCCUGCAGUGGACAAUCAGUUUGUGCCAAUUUUGGCGCCCCCUGUGGACAAAGCAGUCUAUGUCUGCUUAAUGCUUAAGCUGUGUCUUAUGACAGAAAAUCCCAUCCUGCUUAAUUUUGACAGCCAAAGUUAUCAACAAGUAUCAAUAUCUAUAUAGAAAUUGUACAAACAGGGCUGUUUCAUUGACCGGUCAGUUGACACCUACCCCCUUGCACUGGUUACAGGCUUUGAAAACGAUAAUAUGCCGAUAGUCAAUCCUGUCCCUGAUGGUCUUGUUUGCGUUUGGAUAUCAUGAAAAGGCAUCAUUGUGAAUUUCAGUCCAUUUCACAUACAUGAAAAAAAGUGGUCAGAGGAGCUUUAAGUUUGUUUGCUUAUAUAAGGCGACCCAGAUCAAGAAAAAGAAAGCGUGUGAUUUAACCUUUUUCAUUUCACCAUAUUUCAUUGAUUUUGAUACAAGAAUGAGAAAACAGGCUGAUAAAUCAGGCUACAGAGGUUUGAAGAGUCACCCUGCAUAUUUUUAAGAGCAAUUAAUACUUUUAAACGAAGAGACCAGGCAGAAUUUGAGAAAGUGACUAACCACAUAUAGAAAGAGAUUCUAGAAAUGUAGUUUACCAGCUAGCCUGAAAUGUUUAAUCUCUUGCUUCUCCGCUCUUUAAGUGCCAUUUGCUCUGCCGUUGAAGAUCUUUUGUGGACAUAUUUUUACAACUUGAGAGUUGUUUUCUUAACAUUGAAGAAAUUCCUUUGAUUACCUGAAGCGGAGAGCCCAGCCCUUCUACCUGUUUAACCACGCACAGACAAUGAUAUCACACCCACAUUUUAUAACCAAACAUACGCAGGUACACACUCCCUAUCAUACAUGACCUAUUAACAAUGGCCACCCAAGGUGAGUGAUGUCCAGUGCUUGUGUGUGUAUGUGCUUGUGUGCAUGUCUGGAAAGGAGAACAGGUGGGGGAGGGAAGGAGCUUAUAUAUACCUUGCCACAAAAAAGCCAAAUGAUAGGAAGAGAUUGUUUCCCAAUGACAGAUGAGUGGGAGAAACCGGAGCGAGGAAGAAAAAUGCUAGCCAGAUAGAGGAGACAGGGGGAAGGCCGGCAGUGACUCAGGGUGGUUAAUGAUUUUGCCGGAAGGUCGCAGACAGUUUUGACAUGGUCGGGUGGAGUACGUAUCGACACGUCACUGUGUCAAGCACUGACAAAUCAGCUGUGCGCUCUCAAAAUGAAAACAAAAAAAUCUUUCCCAUUGAUUGUAGUGGGCUGGUCGUGAGGAGGCAGGACACGCAUGCAAAACCUGACACGCACAGGAAGUCAGUGAAAUUAAAUAUGGAUACAUGACGGCACAGAGGUUAACGACGCAGAAGGUUUUGCAAGGUAGAGAUUUCUCAGGACUCACGUUAACAUCCCAAACCUGCAUAGCCAGCAAAUACUCAAAUCUACGUGGAGACAAAACACCCAAACUACAGGACUUUUGUUUACUUGUUGUCCCAAUGUCUGCAAUGUCUGAUUGUUAUAUUAUUGUAUAUGUGUGUUGUAAAAGGAUCAUUGUCCCCCAAACCAGCAGCAGCCAUCAUAACAUGAGCAGAGCUGGCUCGCGUGUUGCUGCAUUUGUAACGUCAAGAGGCCGUGCUGCUUAUAUAAACGACAAGGUCAUGUCGUCCAAUUGACGAGUAAUUUCAAUCUAGCCGUUGCGUCAUAGAAAGACAUUAGCAGUACGAGGUAUUGAUUCAAUAAAUGUUAUCAGGAAAAAAAAACGCUCAUCACAACUAAAUCUAUCGAUUAAACACUCUAAUUAACAGAUGUCUCUUACAGUGUUUCUUUUAUUUUGCUGUCCUUGCACACAGCUGCUGUGCAAACAAAGCAAGCAUUGCUGAACAUGGGAGGCAAAAGUGAUCCUACAUGAGUGCUUUUGUUCAAAUAUUUCAAUAUCAUGUCUCAGAACUUAACAUUUAUUAUUUUUCAGUUUCUAUGAUGCUUUCCCCAGCUCAAACUUAAGUUGCUUUUAGUCCCCGACCUCUGACAUCUCUUGUGAGUAUAUGAGAAUCGAGUGAGAGCAGGAGUCAGUCUGACCCUCAGGAGGCAGAUCUCUUCACAAGAGAUUCUCCCGCUGCUGGCUUUGCCUCCAAGGACCAGGACAUUGCAGGAUCAUCAGUAUAUGAUAUGCUAUGUCAUAUUGACUCUCAAUGUUGUUUAAACUGCAGUUUAAGCCAACGCCCCGUGUGCUUUGGAAAUGCGACCCAUCUGAGGUCAAAGGUGACGAUGAAGGAGCUCUGACUGGGAUGAGACCGGGAGGCAUUCAAGAGUGUGUGCGCUGUGUUUAACCUGUGCGGCGACUCUCUUGCAGGUAAAUUCCGAGAGAAGGCGUCCAUCCUUCACAAGAUUGCUAAAAAGAAAUGCCAGGUGGAGGACAGCGAGAAGGCCAAUGGAGUGGCUAGCCGUUCAGGUAAAAAUCUCAGUGUGAUGCAGUGAUUCAGUUUGCUGUUUCUAAAAUUUCUCAAUAAAGGCGCACUUUAGCCGAAUACUUGUUCCGGUAAUCGUUAGUAGUGCCAACUGAAAGAGCCAAUGAGCGUCAAAUCUGAUGGUAAACAAGCAUGACAUUAUCAAGAUCUGUCAAAUUGAUUGCAAGUGUUGUCCUCAAGCGCUAUUUAAAUCAAUCCAAGUCACUGCCAAGUGUAAUUUAUGUGUGUGUUCACUUCAAAGAGCGCUGGACCAAAGGAUAAACAGGAGGCCAAAGGAAAAGCUUUCACGGCCUUUAUAGAGUCGGAGCAGCAGAAUCAAAGACUGGCAGAGAUGUUUAUCAACGGGGUGAAAUUAUGCUAACAGCACCACAUUAACGUAUUAGCAUCUUAAUCAAAAUGCAUGACUGGUAGGCAGCCCAGCAUGCUUUGCCUGUCAAGCCCACAGAGAGCUCAGGUUUAGCCUGCGGUGUUCACGCUGAAAGAUUUACCGCCAAUAAAGUUGAGCGAAUGUUUCAUCGAGGUGAUAAGAUUGUACUAUCGCAGAAUCCAAGCCGCCACAGAGCGAGGUCACAUGUUGGACGAUGGCGAUAUCAAGUCACAUUAUCUAUCUGUGGAUCCUUCUAAUUGCCACAACCACACUUGGAUUAAAGCAAUUUCCAUGGCAAUUAUGGUUUUAUCAUCUGAUUACAUGGCUUUCGGCUCUUUGGAUUUUAAUAAGGCCUGUUAAGUAAGUCUGGCCUCAGAUGGAAUGAAGUCAUAUAAGCCACCGGGUGAUGAUGAGGGAGACGGAUGAUAGUAACAGACGUACACAUGCCUGUUUAAUUCUGCUAGGAUGUAUUUGAAUCAGCAGCACAUGUUAAUCAUCACAUUUGAAAAAAAGCCCUAUCCUUUUUUAACCUGUAUGACAUUUAAAAACCAAACAUUAUCAUCGUAGUCUCAAAACAACACCUCCUGGUUUAUUUCCUCAUUCAUCCCAACAGACAAGAACCUCCCAAACAGCUCAAGUGUUGAAGUGGAAGUGACGCCACCCAUGAACGGAACGGCUGGGCAAGAAGGGGAAACGGUAAGAAACAACAUGACUCAAAAAAAAAAAACACUAAAAAGUUUUGAUCAACAAACCGAGAUAAGAGAUGAAUUGCUGUAAAGUCGGGAGAUGGAAACCCAAUUCAAAGAUGUUUUUGUUGUUUUCCGAUUUUCAUCUGUGUCCGUGUUCCACCUUGAGUGUGAGUAAUGCAGAGGAUGCCCUGGUUAUGGCAUCGGUCACUGCUGCUGAUAAUUUCCCAGCAUGCACUCGAGUGAGUUCCUCCAUCUUCCGCCAGACCUGUCAAAGACCCGCCUCCUCCCACCGAGCUCUGUAAUCACACUCCUCACUCGCCUGCUGCUGCCCACUGCUGGGCGCUGGAAACCGACACGCUGGCACACGUGCCGCAACACACACACGUAAACACAUACACGGUCUUGACACACAGCCAGGCGCAGAGCCUCAGAACGGCACCUGCAGCAGUCGUGCUGGCAUGAGUGAUAACAGCGGGGCGCAGCGACCUGCCGGGCCAGCAGACGGUCCUGAGGCAAGAGGGCAGGGAGUCAGAGUUUCAAACUUUAAAGGGAACAGGCCCAGGAGACGAGUGUGAGGGCCACGAGUUUCAUGAGUAUGACCAAAAAUAACACAAAGUGGGACUGUGGCUCUCGGAGCCAGAGGAUGCACUUUGAACCUGAUCUUGGAGUUUAACAACUCAGUUUAACAAGUUUAACAACUCUUUGCAGUAUGUUUAAAAUAAAAUAAAAAACACCUGGUUACAUAUAAUCCCUGUCACUGAAACCACAUAAAAAACCACUGAAGUACUUGUCUUUUAAACCCCUUCAGCAAAUUUGUAUCCCCCCCCUUAAAUCCCAGCCGUAUCUCUAAAAAAGCACAGCUUUAUUGUUAUGACUUGUAGGAACCGAGUAGUACUUUUAAAGUUCAAUCUUUCGCCCCCUUAAAAAAAUAGCCACUGCAGCACUUUGACAUUCAGCAUGCCUCUCAGGUAUGAUGCAGUAUCUAUAAAUACGGACUGAUGCAGGAGAGCAUACAGAAGGUUCUCAGAAUAGACGCACAAGAAAAGACGAGCCCUGCUUCCCAACAUGACCAUGUGUGUAUUGAUCUAUUUUACUGCACCAACUUGUUUUCGGAUUGAUCUCUCACUCUUUGGUGUAAUAAUAGUCUUACUGUCUGUACUGAGGCUGAAAAUACUCAUUUCCAAAAAAACGAGAGGCAGCACAACCUACUUUAGACAAUUUUUAGACUUCCUUCAGAUCUUAACUUUUUUAAGGUGAGGGGCAGAAAACAUGAUAAAAAAGUAACAUGAAACCUUUUUCCAGGUGGUGAUUCACUGAAUUUGGAAGAGCUGGCCUCUUAUUGGCAUGCCAGAGUCUCAUUUGCAGCUAUAUAUAGCGAUCUGUCCCACAGUGCACCUGUCUUUGUCAGCCAGGAAGUCGCUGGAAACAACUCACACCUCCAUAUGAUGCCCGAGGCCCCGUCAUACUGAUAUUUUCUUCCCUCUUGGAUGCCUUGGCAACAAAGAUGGUGGAGGAAAGUUAAAGUUGAGGUCAAAUUAAAACCUGCAGCACUCUUCUGUCUAUAUCUUUCGACUGUUUUCUGAUGUUGAAACUCUUGAGAACUGAGAUUAGAUUUCAUAGAAGCAAUACCAUUUUGGGUAUCUUUGGCUCUGAUUUUAAACAGCUGACACUUCUUCCAUUGGCCGUGUAACUUCAUAACAAAACACAGUGAUAUCCUUAUAUUCCCAAAUGUCAUUGAUAACUAACAGCUAUUGACUGAUAUUAAAAGCUUUUUUGUAUGAACACCACAAAAAAAUUAUGCUUCUUUAACGGAAUCCUGCCUACCCCACCUUUGAAGUCAAAUCAACAACACGACGGGACUACCUCAGGCUUAUACAGACUCGUGCAGAUGCAGUAUGUGCUUUGUGCGAUUAUAAGAAUCAAAAGCGUUGCCACACACCAGGUGUCAGUGCACACGCUCCCCUCUGGGCAGUUAAAAAAUGGCAAAUGUCAUGCCUCCCCUUGCAGCUCUGUGUUGUCUAGUAAAAGUCAGUGCCUUUAAGCUCUGAGUUGGCAGCGGUGCCAACUGAGGCACCGUACAGGGCAGGAAGGGCCCCCAAGGGUCUGGCAUUUGGAAACCAACACAGACAGAGUUGGGAAGCCCCAGCUCUGAGGGGGACUUCAGCAGAGAAAACAGGUAAAGGGAAUCAUUAAUAGAAUAAUGACAGACUCACAGUGUGCAGCGUCAGUCGGGAACAGCAUAUCCAUGAAAGAGCUGCAGGGCAAACCGUGAUGUCAUUUAAUACAUCUCUCUCGCUCUCGAACAUGGAAGAAGCUUGUGUUACUAUUUUUAUCCUGCAGCCACUUCAAUCAGUUCAGAGUAACACACCGAAACAAUCAUAUCUUUACCAUGAAGAUAAGUAGAUUUGGUUGAGAAAUGAUCCUCUGAAAAGCCUCACGUUUUUCGCUUUCAGCUCUUUUAACAGACAACAAUGCAGCCAUCUGGCCGUGAAGAGGAGGAGAAAUCAGAAUGCCGAGCAUAAGUGAUGCAAGCGCUGCCUUUUGUUUGGCAGCUCUGAUUACCAAGGUUACCAGGCAGUCCUCACCAGCGGCGGCUGUCACAGCAGGAUAAGCUCCAUAUGAUUCAUGAUUUGAGCAGAAGAAAUCUUUGAAGAUUCCUGCUUCUCCCUCUGAGUAUGAUUGGCUGAUGGGAUGGAUAAUACUGAAAGGACUUGUAUGUCCUUCUGGAGAAAAACAAUAUUUACAGGACGACAUCUGUCCUGCUGUUGUUUUUUUUACCCAAUUUGUGUGUCUCUCACUGUCUUGUAGCUCUUUUUUUUUUUUUUUACACUUCGGAAAACCCCAUUCUCAAAGGUGCCAGAUACAAAUUCUUGCCAUCAGUGUGUGCUGCUUAAAUCUGCCUGUGUCGACCUGUCUCUGCACGUCCCUACGGCUCCAAAGCACCCUGUAUAAGUCAGAAGGCUUUAUUGCCGUUGCUGUUCUACUUAAUGCUGUGUUUGAGUUAUCUCCGAAGUCAGAUGUCCAAGCUGGGAAUGACUUCACACCGGGUUUACCAGCGUUUCAGUUACCAAGUCGGAAAAAAGAGAAAUCAGAGGCGGAAACAAGAUGGCUACAUCCACAAAAGUUAUGUUAGCGCUUGCCUUGUCCUUGCUUCUCUUCGGACAAGGCAAGAGCUAGAAUAACUUUCAAAAAUGCAGCCAUCUUCUUUGCGCCUCCGAUUUUGCUUUUUUCCAACUCCGAUUUCUGACUUUCAAGGUAACUCAAAUGCAGCAAAAGACUUCAAUGUUUUGUUUUGUUUUUUUUUAAAGAAAAAGGAAAUGCAGGUUUAUGCCAUAAAUGAGAAGAAAAUUCUUUCUGCCAUCUCCACGCACUGGCUUAUUUGAUGCUGAUCUGCAGAGAGGUGACACUCCCUGGUUCACUUGGCAUUCCAGUGGCAGGUCCAAUCAGACCCCAGGGGGCAUGGGGGGUCUGCCCCUGUGCAGCAGUGUCAGCAGUCAGCAGUGAUGAGCCCCUGAUGACUGGAGAGGCUGAGCCCUUCAGGCCUGGCUGCAAUCUCCCAAAUCACAGUCAUCAAACUCCUCUGUCUUAAGGUCACAGCAGAGCGCAGGCACGUGCACAUCCAGGUCCUGCCAUCAUUUUCUGCAGACCUCGGUGCUGUCUUUUUUAUUUCCUCUGAAGUGCUGCUGCUGCAAGAGUGCUUUCUGUCUCUCUGGGUAGUUGCUAUGGAGAGGUGUGUCCCAAUGAGAUGAGUUAUCAAGCUGAAGAAGACACUUGGAUUGUAAUGAAUUUUUCCCCUUAAGGAACGAGGAAAAGGCAUGACUCAACGUUUACCUACCUGGUAUCAACUCCCACAUGGUGCAUUAAGCAUCAAGUGAUUACGCUGCAUUAUAAUAGGUGCAGCAACCUCUUGUGUUGAAAAGUUGAGUCAAUGCUGCGGUGCAGAAACUGAAGUUUGUUAAGUGUCCUCUUGAAACUGGCACCAAGGAACACCCAAUGGUCCCACCUGACAUUGUCCAUUUUUACAGCCAAGGACAAAAAAUGAGUCUUCGAUUUUGAGCUGGAAUAAAAACAGUAAUGGCACACACAAACAGAUGUUGAGGCCAUGAUGGUGGAUCCAGCAAUGAUGAGCUCACGCUGUCGUCAAUCGGAUGUUGCUUCAUGUGACACUGUGGAGGAAAAGAAUGCCCCAUGUCUUUUUAAACAUAUGUCCUUGUUGCAUUUACGCACGCUUCAUUUCCUUCAUCUUUUCAUGCAUGCACAAGGAAAAAGCCCAAGCGAAGGAUACAUGGAUGAACUUUGAGACGCACCAACUCACAGAGUGUCUUAGUCUAUAGUGGAAACCUAAACAUGAGAUCCUCAUGAGGUGCUGAAAAAUCAAGAAAGUGCUCAAUCUGACUAACUUUACUCUUUUGCAAAUGUUCUCUGGUGUCUCCUCAGGCGGAGGAUGAGGAGGAGGAGGACCAGCCUCUGAGCCUGUCCUGGCCCGAGUCCGCCCGCAAGCGCUUUACCUACCUCUUAAUCAUUCCCAUCGUCCUCCCCCUGUGGCUGACGUUGCCUGAUGUCAGGAAAGCGGUAUGUGAGACAAACUUUUUCUUGAUAUUUGUAGAAUCUGUUUUUGUUUUUUUCAUCUUUAUCUUCUUUUUCUCUCCUUCUGUUUUUCCAGUCUGCAAAGAAAUUCUUCCCCAUCACCUUCCUGGGUGCUAUUGGCUGGAUUGCAGGCUUCUCCUAUCUAAUGGUGUGGUGGGCUCACCAGGUACUCAAAUAUAGGAUUCCUUCCAUAAGUCUGAGCACUUUAUAAAAAGCUUGCACAAGCAUAAAUGUUGUGAAUAAACCAUAUUCUAUAAUCCCAGUCAUAAAUAAAACAGAACAAUAAUCACUCUCAUAAUGGUGUCUUGUAAAUUUUUGAGCAGACAGCUUUUCUCCUCUGUCACCUCCUAGCAUCACGAGGAAAUUAAAAAAACCCGAACAAAAGAUUAGGGUUUUCUUUUUUUUUAUUUACCCAUAAGCUUAGUUUCCUUUUUUCUUUUUUUUUUCCUCCUUUUUUUCAGGUUGGAGACACCAUCGGGAUUACAGAGGAGAUUAUGGGCCUGACUAUAUUAGCAGCUGGAACCUCCAUCCCUGACCUCAUCACCAGUGUUAUCGUGGCACGCAAGGGUCUGGGGGAUAUGGCUGUAUCCAGCUCCGUCGGCUCCAACAUAUUUGACAUCACUGUCGGGUAGGAUGCGAUUGAUCAACGCAGGCUUAUCUAUACGCUUUGGUGAUAAAUGAUUUCCUGCUAUUGCCAUAAGCAGUUUGGAUCAGUCUAGAUAUAGUGAUGGUGUUUCUGUUGACACAUGCUGUACACAUGUUGCAGCAUUUCUGUGCUUCAAGGUGAUUCUUCAAACAGCGAGUUUCAUCUGGUUUUGUUUCAGUAACCGAUUCCCAGUUGAUACAUUUCUGUGGAGGCAUCCUCAUAACAACAAGUGAAUCAUCCAGAGCCCCCAAGUACAAGUGUACUGAAAAAAAUUAAACUAAAAAUAUUUUCAUUUUUUCCAUAUCAUAAGGGCUAUUACACAACGAUUGGCUGUUCUGUUCAUAAAUAUGAAAGAGGUUAAAAGAAUGGUAAAUGGACUAUGUUAACACAGUUUUCUCUGCUCCUCUGGCCACUCUCUGCAUUUUAACAUUCCACGUGAUAUUCACCCAUUCACAUCACAUAUGCUUGUGGCAAAGGCUGAUUCGUAAGGCACACAGCAGUUAUAGCUAAUCUGGCAGCAGUGCAGCCAGCGGGGGCAGUUUGGGGUCAAGUGUCUUGCCCAAGGACACUUUGGCAUGUGGACAGCUGACCUUCCGAUCGAGAGUCGACUGAUUCUGCCGCUGAGCCACAGCUGCCCCUGAAGAAGAAAAACUAAACAAAAGAGUCAUUAGACUUUUCUAACCUUUUUUAGCUGCCUCCAACUUAGUGAUUUUUGCUAUUUUGUUAAGUUUUUUAAAAAUACUUUUAUUUUAAUCACACAUUUUUGUUUGUAUAAUAUAAUGACAACAACUUGGCACAGGUGCUUAAUUUAGAAUCAGUUUUGCGUUUAUGAAUAAUUCAAGUAGAGGGCUACAUCCCAAAGAGCUUAAAGUUUAUUUUUUCCAGUAUUUGUGUCGCUGUCAUCCUGCAAUGUUUGGGUUAAAAGUGGGGUAGGCAGGAUCUGAGGAAGUGCCAGUUUUUGGGAGAAAUCUUGAACGUAAACUCUACCCCUCCCAACCAGUUUUCCCCUCAGUUCCUCCUCUGCACUCCGUCUCUGCUCCAGCAAGCCCCGCCCACAAACAGACGCUCCUGCCCGCUCAUAUUGUUUCAAUUAAAUUCAAAUAUAAUGCAGAUUAAUACUUGAGAUAAUUACAAAUGGGGACCAGUCAACAUGAAAGUAAAAAGCAUUGGUGCCACUGGUGCUACUCAAAAAUUUAAAAUGCUGACAACACAGACAUAACAGAACACAGCAAGAUUGUUAUAUUACCAAAUGUCAUCAAUGACUAAUAGCUAUUGACUGAUAUUUAAAGCUUUUUUUGUAUAUACACCUCAUAAAAAGAUGCUUCUUUAACAGAAUCCUGCCUACUCCACCUUUAAUUACAUUAUGAUGUCUUUGUUCUCUCUGAAUCCACAGACUGCCGUUCCCCUGGCUCCUCUGGUCCUUCUUCAGCGGCCUCGCGCCGGUUCAAGUCAGCUCCAACGGCCUCUUCUGUGCCAUCGUGCUCCUCUUCCUCAUGCUCCUCUUUGUCAUCAUCUCCAUCGCCGCCUGCAAGUGGCGCAUGAGCAAGCUGCUGGGCUUCAUCAUGUUCAUGCUGUACUUCGUCUUCCUGGUGGUCAGCGUCAUGCUGGAGGACAAAGUCAUCACCUGCCCAGUGUCCGUGUGA